AUGGCAUCCGAAUCUACACCCUUGCACCAGCACCAUCCACAUACAGCGUAUCUCCAAGAAGCCUCUACCGGGACCGCGGGAGUCGUCGUGGAAGGAAUAGUUGGCGACGAAGAUAGUCUUUACAACAAGCUAGCCCCCGAAGAGUAUGGCGCCACAGAACAACAAACUGAAAGUAGUGGCGGUACUGCGGGCCUCGCUGCUGGGACCGCUGGGACUGCUGGCAAGACCCGCUCCAUUCAUUCUGCUACUGUUGAGCCUUUAUCGCCUGCUCAGUUGAAAUGGGUGGUGGGAAGUCUUUGGUGUGGGGCGUUCCUCGCAGCGUUGGACUCAACAGUAGUGACAACGUUACUCACUACCAUUGCUUCUGAUAUGGAUGCCAUUGGGAACAUCGCCUGGAUCGCCACGGCUUACUUGUUAUCAUGUUCGGCAUUCCAGCCCAUCUACGGUAAACUAUCGGAUAUCUUUGGUAGAAAGCCGUUACUUGUUAUGUGUACAGUAUUCUUUGGCCUUGGAUGCGCCAUUUGCGUUACCAAUAAUCUUUGGGUCCUUGUUGUGGGUCGGUUCAUCACGGGUAUUGGUGGCUCAGGGCUAACCACCUUGGGAACCAUCACCAUGCUGGACUUGAUCCCCUUACGUGAUAGAGGGUUGUACCAGGGGCUUGCCAAUAUCUUCUAUGGUCUUGGAGCAGCUUCUGGUGGGAUCAUCGGUGGGGUGGUAGCAGAUACUUUGGGUUGGCAAUACGUCUUCAUCCUACAAAUCCCUCUUUGUAUUAUUGUAGGGUGUGCCAUCUACUUCAACCUUCAAUUGCCUGAAGGAUCUCCAGGGUUGGGCGUUCAUGGUGAUGAUAUGAAACAGAAGUUGAAGAGAGUAGAUUUCUUAGGGUCUUUGUUUUUGGUGUCUGCUCUUAUGGUUAUUCUUACGGCUGCUUCGUUAGGAGGGAGUACUAUUCCCUUUGCAUCUGUAACCUUUGUGGCAUUAGUGAUCUUGUCCGUGGUUUUACUUGGUGCGUUCGCUUAUACUGAGACAUACGUCUCAGCCGAACCCAUCAUCCCUAUCGAGUUAUUGGGAGAAAGAACCAUCUUAUCAUCUUCCUUAACUAAUUGGUUUCAAACUAUGGCGAUCUUCACUUAUAUGUUUUAUCUUCCUGUUUAUUACGCUUCCGUUUUAGGGCUUUCUUCAACUGAUAGUGGGUUAAGAUUAGUACCUAAUUUCUUUGGUAUUUCCUUUGGUUCAGUAGGGGCUGGUAUUUAUAUGAAGAGAACAGGCACUUACUAUUAUUUUGCUAUAAUUAUGGGACUUCUAUCUAUCUUUGGUACUCUUCGGAUUUACAACAUCCAACAAUCCAUUCCUACUUGGGAACAGUUUACUUUGAUGGUCCCCUCAGGUAUUGGUUAUUCUGCAAUGUUAACCGUGACUUUACUUUCAUUGAUAGCUGCUGUGCCCGUGAAAUACCAAGCUUGCACUACUUCAAUUCAAUAUACCUUUAGAUCCACAGGGUCUACUAUUGGUGUUUCCAUUGGACUGGCUAUAUUCCAGAAGUUAUUACUGUCAAAUUUGUAUAAUCAAGUACCGCAAUUGAUUAGGGAUCCAGAAGCUGCUACCAACAUCAUCAAAAGAGCCUUGGAAAAUGCAGAUUAUAUAAAGAAGGCUCCUCCAGUGGUUCAACAAGUGUUGAAGGAUUCCUACGCUCUGGCUUGUAAAGGUGCCUUCUUAUUCAGUUUAAUUACUAUUAUCUGCGGGGUGGUAAGUUCAACGUUUAUGAAAGAGCAUGUAUUGCAUAGUAGUCUCAAUAGGAAGUGA